ACAUUGUCCACAAUUUCUUGUGAACACCCUAUAGACUACAUUUACAUUGUGAUCUUUUUUAAAUUUAUUAUAUAUGUUGUUUACAUUAGUGAGAUGAAGAAUCCAGUGCUUCAUUUAUAAGGCGCGCUAUCACUCUCGCGCGCCUACCGCGCGCCUUAUUCUCAAUCGAGGUGCGCUUUUUUUAGCGCUCCUCAAAUUCCCAACCUCCAUUUACGUGUGUACGUCACGUACGGCUUUGUAAGGCAUGACAAAAUACAUAAUGAACACGCUGACAUUAUAUUUUGUCUUGUGUCAAGUAUUGUUCUGACCAGUCGGCUCUGUUGACAAGAAUGUGAAAAAUUCAUCGUCGGUACCGAACGAGUGUCAAAGCAUGGUGUUUUUCGCCACCUGUCGUCAAAGACGCAUCACAUGGCUGUCAGCUACGAAAAACUGCUCAAUGACAGCGUCAGUCGAACCGACCACAGCGAUGGCGAGAGUUCAUCUACAAGUGCAAGUAUUCCGAUUCCGAAACAACCUCGCAUUGACAGCACCUUUCACGAGAAUUCGAGAUCGGCUUAUAUAAAACUUAUGAAAACUGCCUACAUGUUAGCGGUUUCUGGCAUGCCAUUCACGCAUUUCCGUACACUUGUGAACGUUCAAAAAGCUAAUGGUGUUCAAAUGUUGAACAAAUGUGACAAUAGUAACAUUGCUUGUACGUUUGUUGAUGCUAUUGCAAAGACCGUGAGAGACAAAAUAACCGGAAUUAUUGAAUCUGCCAGUGCCUUCAGCCUUUUAACAGACGGGUCCCAAGCGAGGAAAACUAAUAGUGAGAAAGAGCUUGUCCUUAUCCGAGUUGUGCGAGAUGGAAAACCUAUUUUUGCCUGUGCAGCACUCCAGGACAUAGACGAUUAUGGAGAUGCUGAUGCAUCCAACAUAAAACAGGCCAUUGAUGAUGCAUUUGCAUACUCUAAACUAAACAUUGGGAGAGAUGAAUAUGUUAAGAAAUUGAUUUCUUUUACAAGUGACGGGGCUUCCGUAAACACUGGGAUUCAUAAUGGGCUAUUAACAAAAAUGAGACAGGAUGAUCGUGCAUGGCUUACUUCAAUUCAUUGUGUUUUACAUCGCACAGAACUUGCUAUCAAAGACUCAUUGCUUAAAGUUCCACAAUUUUCAGUUGUGAAUGACCUGCAAAUAUCCUUGUAUUACCUGUUAAAACAGUCUGGGAAACUCAAUCGCCAUUUUAACAACAUGGCUGACAUUCUUAACGUUCAGGUAUAUUGUGUUCCUAAGGUGCACGGAACAAGAUUUGUUUCUCAUCAAAGACGCGGUCUUCAACACCUCCUAAACAACUGGAUAGUCUUAGUCCAGACGUUUGAGGACUGCAUUGAACAUAGCAGACUUUCAAAUAUAUCUGCUAAACUCUGUGGUGUGUUAAAAAAACUAAAAGACUAUAGUUUCCUCGUCACUUGUGUACAGUAUUUGCUGAUUUUGGAUAAUGUUUCUAAAAUGUCACUUACGCUGGAGACAGAAGAUAUAAUAAUUACAGAAGUCAUGCCUGCUGUGGAGAAGACAAAGACCAGGCUGGAUGAACUAGUGAACGAUGCUGACGACUGCACACCAGAAGACUUGGUGAAGCCCUUUGUUUUCAAAGUGUCCACAUCUGUACCAGAACCAGAUGCGACCUACACUUUGGAGAAAAACCUACUAAAACGAGGACACAAGAAGAGAAAGCCAGAAAAUCGGGAACAUAUCCAGCUCUUCAUGCAAAUAACUGGGAUCAAACAUGCAGAAAAAGUGAAGGACAUUGUUAGGGGAGGUGUAAAUGACUUAAACAAAUGUUUAAACGAUCGAUUCAGUUCAUUUAAAACACCAUUAUUUGACAAUAUGAAUUGGCUAAAUCCAGCUAACUGGGUGGACUUUGAUAAAAAACUCAAAAGUGUAGAAUUAGUAGCCGAACAUUUCAAAGAAACUCUUGAAUUUACUGGUUUUGAUGAUUCCAAACUAAAAAGAGAAUUCAAAGAUCUCCGGUGGACUGUGCACAAUUUCUAUGAAGGUACAGAAGCAAAACUUUUGUGGAAAAAGAUUUUCAUCUACAGGAAGUCAGAGUUUCCUAAUGUAUGUAAACUGGUUGAGAUUCUUCUCUGUAUGGGCCCAAGUAACAGUCUGGUAGAGAAUGGUUUCAGUACUCUUACCAACAUGCUGACUGACCGGCGUUUGAGUUUGUCUCAUAAGAACAUGGAGAAUCUUUUAAUUAUCAAAAUCAAUGACCACAUCUGGUCUCUCGAUGACCGUAAAAGUAUGAUAGAUUCUGCAGUCAACAGCUUCAUGUCCAGCAAACGUAGAAAGAUGAAACUAGACCAUUCCCCAUCGUAUGAGAUUCUUGAUAAAUACCGUCAAAAGCGACAGAAACGCAAGGAAUGGUACUUAGUUUCCGACUCUGAUGCUGAUUCUGACAGUCAUAGUGACAUGUCUGACUUAGAAGACCACCCAGAGCACAUAGAUGUAGACCCUCUGUCAGACCAGGAGUCUCUUAUUAGUACUGAUUCAGAAAAUGAAAUGGAAGACAUGUCUUCGUCUGAGGCUGAAGAUAUUUUUCAGAGAGUGUUGGAAUAAAUGAUUGACACUGAGCCUUUGACUGAUAAGGACAAAUUGUUGUCAAGUUU